AAUUUACUGUAAGUUUGCUCAUCUCUAAUGUUCACCAUAAGGUGUCUAUGCAUUCAAUUUGGAACAAGUUGUGAUACAUAGAUCAAAACCAUAAUUAGGAAAAUGAUGUAUUGGUCUGUAUGUCAAUGUGACAUUUUCCUUUUCAUUUUUCAGAAGACUCAUCUACAGCUAUCUUAUUUGUGUUUAUUGUUGACUACUCUACAGAACAGCUAUACAGAAGACUCAUCAACAGCUCUUUUCUUUUGCUUUAUUGUCUACUACUUAUCAGAGCCGCUUUUCAGGUUUGCAUAAAAAUUUUACAUAAAGUUAUGUAAUACAUAAAUAUAGUGUGGGUGAUUUUAGAACAACUUGUCCUGAUGUGAAGCUGAAGAGUGUCCCAUGGCAACCGUUCAGAUCGCUUCUUUCAUCAAAAAAGCUAUAUGAUUGUUUGCUUUGGGCAACCCAACAACCUUUAGAUACAUAAAUGUAUUUCCUCUUCAUGCCACACAGAGGUAAUAAAGGGGCAAUGAAAUAGUAGGGUGAAAAUUAGUAGUAGACAUAGUGGCGGAUCAAGGUGAAAUAAUAUGGCACAGUGGUUAAAAUCAUAUGGGGGGUGGUUUUAGUAGAUUACUAAAAGGCUCUCAGAUAUUCUACUGUAUUUAAGGGUUUUAUAGUUAAUUACAAUCUUCAUUUAGUACAUGACACUACUCUAUAAUUUAUAAAGAUUUUUUUAGCCUCUAUUCACAAUAGGGAACAUCUUCCACUAAUGGACACUAUUUUAUUCCACGUGAUUCUGCACCAUUCUUAGAUUAUAGUGGAUACUAUCUUAUGCCUCAGUUCAAUAAUGUAAUGCUCCCGCACUAAAAUUAUUUAGAAAGCUUUGUAAAAUUUUGGAAGGAGUUACAUUACUGUACUAGUGAACUAACAUAUUAAUCUUGUAUUUAUUAUUUGAAUGGUGCUUUUUCAAUAAAUAUUAUUUUUCAAAUGUUCUCCUAGAAAAUAGAAACAUAAUGUAAUUUUAAUAUUUUUAUAUAGACAUAUUUAGUAUUUAUUUUAAAAUCCAUUAUUCCAUUUUCUUCUUUAGAAAAUGCCGGGCUGCAUUGUCAACGGUUGCAAGUCAAGGAGCGUAAAAGGCGACCAUAAUAUCAUCAUGCAUUCCUUCCCAAGAGAGAGGGAUCGUAUCAUGGCAUGGCUAUUGGCUACAGAUCAAGAGUUUCCCAAAAUUGAUGAACUGGUUGACCACAUUCAUCUCUCUAAAACGAACAAUUAUCGGCUCUGCUCAGCCCAUUUUAAAACUACUGACUAUACCUUUAAUCCAAAUACAGGAAAACAGAGGCUCACCCCCUUUGCCGUUCCUAGUAUUUUCCCUACACGGGAUAUACAAGUUCAAGCUGCCGAGGCAGUUGAGGCUGAAAUCCUGAAUCCUCAAAAGAGGAAAAGAUUGGAUGAAGACGUAGCUUCAAUGGUUUAAAGCCAGGGGAAAUGUGCCCAACCUGCCGAAAUAUUGUACCUCAUGUUAACCCAACUGAAACGGAGCCACAAGCCUCAGAGAUAACGAAAAAGGAAGCAGCAACUAUAUUUGACAGGAAUUGGGGAACCGGAAAUCAGUGUAUACAAGUAAAACCUACAACUUUCUCUAUAAAAAUACAAUGCAGAAGACUGGUUAAAAAAAAAAUCUUGAGAAAAAAAAAAUCAAGACAAAGCUUGGUAUUUGGAAACCUGCCUUCGGAGCCAUUGCAAGGUGCCAGUGUAAUAUUUUUGACUCCGAAAAAAAAUAUAGGACCAACUGGAUCAGCAACUCUUAACAGUGUACCUGAGUUUCAAGAAAGUUGUAGAGCUAGACACGAACUACUACCUGCCACGCUUUUAUCCGAAUUGACAAUUUCACCUAUACAACCUAUUGAAGACCCUGAAGUCACUGUUAUUGUGGAGGAAUCUACUCUGCAUGCUCCUAUAUCUGUUUUAGAAGUAGAUAAAAGUUUAUCAACAAUCACAACUCCAGUCUCAACAAAUGAAAGUAGUUCAAGUGAUGAUGAGGGAGACUCAGUUCAUUCAGAUGAUGAAGACUACGAAGAAGAGGACAGUCAGCAUGUGCUGAGUGAAAAAUUUGUAAAUGUAAAUGUACCACAUCAUGAAGAAAGAAAAUUCAUAGUUUAUGAAAGCUGUUUGGACACAUUACUAUACAAGAUGCCUUGUACCUCUAAUCCACCCUGCAACAAAAAAAAUACUAAGAGUGUAUAAAAAAACAAAGGGAUCAUAUAUUUCAGUCUUUGCUGAAUGCGAGGCCAAACAUUUAAAACGCAUAUGGCAGAGCCAGCCCCGAUUGGGAAAGAAACCAUUUGGAAAUUUACAGUUAGCUACUGCUAUCAUUACUAGUGGAAACACUUACAUCAAAAUCCAACAGUUCCUAAAAAUAUUUAAUAUUUUGGAAAUUAGCCAGGCUACUUACUACCGUAUCCAAAAAAUAUAUAUAUUUCCUGCAAUUGAAAAUUCUUGGACAAUUAAUCAAAAAUUAGAAAUGGAAAAAAUAUCACAACAUGCAGUAUGUUUUGCUGGAGAUGGACAAUGUGAUUCACCCGGGCACAGUGCAAAAUAUUGCAUAUACACAUUGAUGGAUGUAGAAACUAACAAAAUAUUGAAUUUCAACAUUCAACAAAUCGGUAUUGGUUUAUCCUCUGUUGCCCUUGAAAAAAUAGCGUGCAAGAAUGCCUUGGAAUUUCUACUGCAAAAUAAAGUGGACAUAGACAUCAUUUGCACUGACCGGCACGUAUCCAUCAGAAAAAUGCUGCGUGAGGAAUAUAAAACAAUUGGUCACCAGUUUGAUGUCUGGCACUUAGCUAAAUCUAUUGGAAAAAAGCUACUUGCCGUCAGCAAAAAAAAAACUAAAAACUGCCAAGAUUUAGCAGAAUGGAUAGGACCAAUUAAAAAUCAUUUAUGGUGGAGUUCUAAUACUUGUGAAUGCAAUCCAGAUGAACUUGUAAACAGAUGGAACUCUGUCUUGUACCAUGUCACCAACGUUCAUUUUUGGAAGGAUCAUAAUGGUCAGGAAUCAUCUUGUCAUCAUGACCAACUCCCUGAGGACAUUCAGUCCACCCGAAAAUGGUUAAAAAACAAAGUGCCUGUUAUGUUGAACUUGGAAAAAUUGUCAUGGAUACAAGACUACAAAAAGACCUUAGACAUCUUAGCAACUUUUGUCACACUGGAGAUCUGGAAGUGUUUCAUAGUUCACUAACAAAAUAUAGGCCUAAAAGACUUCAUUUUAGUACAGAUGGGGUGUAUGCUCGAACACAGCUUGCUGCUCUUGACCAUAAUUAUAAUGUGAAUAGAGUGCAAGCAGUUGUUACAAGAGAGACUGAAACUAGCGGACCUUUAGGCACACCGAGGUACAAUCUUGCCUAUUCAAAAGCCCGGAAAGAGUGGUUUGUACGAUCAGUGUAUGAGCCAACCACUCAGGAAUUCGUCUCGAAAAUCAUGCAGGAUGUAAUGGGACUUGCCGAUGGAAACAUUUCCAUAGACUGGACCUCUCGCCGGUCAACAAUGCCUUCUAAUAUAGCACCAAUUGAAAAACCAGACAAACAAUCAAUGGUUGAAAAACACCACUCAAGAUUUUAAUUUUUUACUUGUUUGUUAUGUGCUAUAUACUUGUUUAUGUGCUAUAUUGUUUAACAUGCAUAUUCAUGUAUAUUUUCAUGAGUAAAAAAUACUUUUUUUUAUUAAUGGUUUAUUAUUAUAGUGUUGUUUAUUUAAAAAUAUUAUUACUACUUGUUUUUGUGAAAUGUUUUCAUUACAGAAAAUAAAUUUUAAUCAUCAAUUGUUAAAAAAAAAAACGUAAAUCAAAAAUAUUCAGUUUCUAAGGAAUUAAUAUUUUUUUUAUAUGCCAUAUAAGACUACCUUUAAACAAGGUAAAAUUUUAUAGAAAACCGGGGGUUAUCUCAUACGCCAGGUGCUGCAGCUGGCCGAGAUACAAGGAGUAUGGAUUAUCUAUUUUUCAGUUGGUAUGUAUUUAAAAUUUCUGCUUUAUAUAGCAACUGACAAAUAAUAUCUUCUCUACUUUGAAUUGUUGCCAUCUUGACUAUUUAUUCCACACACAAUUCUUCACUGUUAAACAUGCAAAACAAACACAUUAGGAUCCGCAAU